AUGGAAUUACUUCCGUCAGAAUCAGCUCCGAUCUCAAGAAAACAAGGGUUCCGAUCACUGAAACUCGUAAACGCCGACAUGAACCAACUCCUCACCGGCGAACCAGUCGGCGUCGACUUCGGCACACUCGAUAACGGCCUUCGCUACUACGUUCGCUGCAAUUCCAAGCCUCGUAUGAGAGCUGCUCUCGCACUCGCCGUCAGAGUCGGAUCAGUUCUUGAAGAAGAAGACGAACGUGGAGUUGCUCACAUUGUUGAGCAUCUUGCUUUCAGUGCUACGAAGAGAUACAAUAAUCAUGAUAUUGUGAAGUUUCUUGAAAGUAUUGGAGCUGAGUUUGGUGCUUGUCAGAAUGCAGUUACCUCUUCCGAUGACACGGUUUAUGAGCUCUUGGUUCCGGUUGAUAAGCCGGAACUGUUGUCUCAGGCUAUUUCAGUUUUGGCUGAAUUCAGUUCAGAGAUUCGAGUCUCGGAAGAUGACUUGGAGAAAGAAAGAGGAGCCGUUAUGGAAGAGUGCAGGGGAAGCAGAAAUGCGAUGGGGAGGCUACAGGAUGCUCAUUGGGCUUUGUUGAUGGAAGGUUCAAAGUAUGCUGAAAGGUUACCAAUUGGACUUGAGAAAGUGAUUCGGACGGUUUCUCCCGAGACUGUGAGGCGUUUUUACAAGAAAUGGUACAAUUUAUGCAAUAUGGCUGUUAUAGCAGUUGGAGAUUUUUCUGACACACAGAGUGUAGUUGAGUUGAUAAAGACUCAUUUCGGCCAGAAAAUCCCAGCACCUAAGCCUCCACCUAUACCAACAUUCCUGGUGCCAUCACACAAUGAGCCACGAUUUUCUUGUUUUGUUGAAUCUGAAGCUGCUGGGUCUGCAGUUAUGAUUAGUUAUAAGAUGCCAGCAAAUGAGCUUAAAACAGUAAAAGACUACAGAGAUUUACUUGCAGAAUCCAUGUUCCUCUCUGCAUUAAACCAGAGAUUCUUUAAAAUAUCUCGUAGGAAAGAUCCACCCUAUUUCUCAUGCUCCGCUUCUGCUGAUGUUUUAGUCCGUCCAGUAAAGGCCAAUAUUAUAACUUCAUCAUGUAGAGGAAAAGGAUCUCUUGAAGCCCUAGAAUCAAUGUUAAUAGAGGUUGCAAGGGUGCGGCUUCAUGGCUUUUCAGAGCGCGAAAUAUCUAUAGUUCGUGCACUGCUGAUGUCAGAGAUUGAAUCUGCCUUUUUGGAACGAGAUCAAAUUCAAUCUACCAGCUUGAGGGAUGAAUAUCUACAACAUUUUCUCCACAACGAACCUGUUGUUGGGGUUGAGUAUGAAGCUCAACUCCAGAAGACCCUUCUACCACAUAUAUCAGCAUUAGAGGUCUCUAAAUGUUCCGAGAAAUUACGGACGUCUUGUAGCUGUGUCAUAAAGACCAUUGAGCCCAGAGCAUUUUCUGUGUCUGAUGAUCUGAAAAAUGUUGUUAAGAAAGUCAAUAUUCAGGAGGAAGAGGGUAGAAUUUCUUCAUGGGAUGAUGAACAUAUUCCAGAAGAAAUUGUCCCUACAAAACCAAAUGUGGGGCAUGUUGUGAAGGAAUUGGAAUACUCAAAUAUUGGAGCUACUGAACUAGUUCUGUCAAAUGGGAUGCGGAUCUGCUAUAAGCGCACAGACUUCCUUGAUGAUCAGGUUAUCUUCACAGGUUAUUCAUAUGGUGGCUUGUCUGAACUACCAGAAAGCGAGUAUUUCUCUUGUUCAAUGGGACCAACCAUUGCUGGGGAAAUCGGUGUGUUUGGUUAUAGACCAUCUGUCCUAAUGGAUAUGCUUGCUGGCAAGAGAGCUGAAGUUGGCACCAAGAUUGGUGCAUAUAUGAGAACUUUUUAUGGUGAUUGUUCACCUUCAGACCUGGAAACUGGCUUGCAGCUUGUCUAUCAGUUAUUUACAACAAAUUUAACCCCAGACGAAGAAACUGUCAAAAUAGUGAUGCAGAUGGCUGAAGAAGCAGUCUGUGCUCAAGAUAGGGAUCCUUAUACUGCUUUUACAAACCGUGUAAAGGAGCUUAAUUAUGGAAACUCCUAUUUUUUUAGGCCGAUUAAAAAACGUGACCUACAAAAGGUUGAUCCUCUGAAAGCUUGUGAAUAUUUCAGCAAAUGUUUCAGAGAUCCUUCAGCCUUUACAGUUGUGAUUGUUGGGAAUAUUGAUCCUACUAUUGCACUGCCCUUAAUAUUGCAGUACCUAGGCGGAAUACCAAAGCCCCCUGAACCUAUUAUGCAUUUUAACCGUGAUGAGCUGAAAGGAUUGCCUUUCACUUUUCCAACAGUCAUCCAUAGAGAAGUGGUUCGAAGUCCUAUGGUGGAAGCACAAUGUUUGGUGCAGAUAUGCUUUCCCGUGGAGCUGAAGAAUGGGACCAUGGUAGAAGAGAUUCACUUUGUUGGGUUCCUGAGCAAGCUUCUGGAAACAAAAAUAAUGCAGGUUCUCCGUUUCAAGCAUGGGCAGAUAUACUCUGUAGGUGUUUCGGUAUUCCUUGGCGGUAAUAAACCCUCAAGAACUGGUCUUGUUCGUGGAGAUGUUAGCAUAAAUUUCUCAUGUGAUCCAGAGAUAUCUUCCAAGCUGGUAGAUAUUGCUUUAGACGAAAUGUUGCGUCUUCAAGAGGAAGGACCUACAGAGCAGGAUGUUUCAACCGUACUUGAAAUUGAACAAAGAGCGCAUGAGAAUGGAUUGCAGGAAAAUUAUUUCUGGCUGGACAGGAUUUUACACAGCUACCAAUCAAGAGUCUAUUCUGGUGACGUUGGCACUUCUUUUGAAAUUCAAGAUGAAGGGCGGUCAAAAGUUAGAUCGUCUCUUACACCAUCAGCUGCACAGUUGGCACUACAAAGAAUAUUGCCUUAUCCUUGCAAAAAACAGUAUACUGCGGUGAUUCUUAUGCCCAGGUCUUCUCCUUUAAAGUUCCUGAAAGCAGUAUUCCAAUCUACUCGAACUAACAGUGGCAGAGAAGCAAAGAUUUUAGCUGGAAUUGCUGGUCUGGCAGUUUUGGCUCUUAGUUUGUGGAAACAUCUGCGCAGUGGUCAUGUUAAUAGCAGACAUUUACUUGGCAGAACAACUAAGUAG